AUGGACACCAUAAUCCGCAAGCCAAUUGCGAUCGCGACAUCAAAGCCCGCGCGAAAAACAUAUUUAAAUACUAUAUUAUUCUUGUCGACGUCGCUUGUACUGUUUGGAUUUGCGGUGGUAGCUUAUGCGGGGUUUUAUUGGAGCUGGGUGCCGGCGUUGGGGGUGGAGAGGAGGGUUUGGUUGCAGUUUGCACCCGGUCAGCAUCCUCAUGGCAUAGUUCCCCUCCACAAUUCCGUCGUAACACAACAAGAAUAUGAUAUCCAGCUAGAACUACAUAUGCCCCGUUCUCCAGCAAAUCUGAAAGCCGGAAAUUUUAUGGUCCAUGUGAAUUUUCUAGGGCCUAAUUAUAAAACCUCCGGCUCAAUACCAGUAGUGGAACAUCUACUACCUUUAUCAAGAAUUACUAAAAAUGAAGAUGUUCUCUUCUCGUCUCGACGGCCUACAAUUUUGACGUAUGAAAGUGAGUUGAUAUCUGGAUUGGGAAAGGUGGUAAAUGCACCUCUUUAUGUGCUUGGUUGGAAAAGAGAAGAUGAGAAAAUUAUGGUGGAGAUGGCGGAAGGCGUCAGAUUUCCGAGAGGAAAUAAGAAUGUGCCUAGUGCCAUAGAAAUUGUCAUUGAGAAAGACUCGGAAGAAGUACAAAUAUAUGGAUGCAGAAUACUUAUGAGGGCGAAACUGAGUGGCUUGAGAUGGUGGAUGUGGAAUUGGAGGAUCAGUAGUGCAAUUAUCGGGGUGGGCGCUUUUUGGGCAGCAGAGAUGUUGGGCUGUAUUUUUGGUUGGGCAAUCUUGAAGUUGUGUUUUGGAGGGAGGAAAGAGGAAGGAGUGGUCAAGGGAAAAGAAAUCGAAAAGAGUGAAGCUACAGUUAAGCAAGAGGCGACGGAGGAUGAGCCGGACAUUUCGGACACUCCAAGAACGUUCCCGACUGUGAGGAGUCAUACACCCUUAGUAUAUCCACCUGUGGGCAUCAAAAAUGAAGAUGAUGGAGAGGAUAAGAUAUUGGAAGAGACGGUUAUCUUGCCGCUCGCAGGGGAUGCGGAUGACGAGGAUGAAGAGGCGGAAGGGAGUUGGCAAGCUGGUAGAAGAAGUGACUCUGGUUUGGGUACAAGUUUCAGUGAAGGUGGUGCUGGAAGAAUAGGACGACUAAGUAGAAGAAGAAGUCGUGGUGGCUCGGCAAGCGGAUUGUAA